AUGAACGUACCUUCGGCCCCGACCCCCAACAAGCAGCUGAACAUACCGGACAUGAGGUUCGCGAAGGUGUUCCAGAGGGCGCUUUACCGCGACCUGGCGCCCUCGGCGUCCCGCUCGCGCAAGCUGGCGGUGGUUGCUAAAGUAGUGGUCCGCGACGUGCUGCUCAUGCCCCUCGUGCAAAGCAUUGUCUUGUCACUCGCGCUCAUCGCCGCCAAGGACUGGUUGCACUAUAUCCGCCUCAAAGGGCUCACUCUGGGCGCCCGCCUCAGGCAAAGGCUCUUCCCCAUAUAA